AUGGCAGUCAGCACUCUCAACAUGGCACCCUACUUCACUGGAUAUCCCUUUCAAGGACAGGGACGCGUGAACCAGCUGGGCGGUGUGUUCAUCAACGGACGUCCAUUACCGAACCAUAUUCGUUUGAAGAUCGUCGAGAUGGCAGCGGCCGGCAUCAGGCCGUGCGUCAUAUCGAGACAGCUGAGGGUGUCUCACGGAUGCGUAUCCAAAAUCCUGAACCGGUAUCAGGAAACGGGAUCGAUCAGACCCGGCGUGAUCGGCGGCAGCAAGCCGCGAGUCGCUACGCCGGAAGUCGAGGCGAAGAUCGAGGAUUUUAAACGGCAAAACCCCGGCAUAUUCAGCUGGGAGAUACGGGAGAAAUUGAUAAAGCAGGAUGGAGUUUGCGACAAAGCCUCGGCACCCUCUGUGUCCAGCAUCACCAGACUUUUACGUGGACCAGCCAAUCAGACUCGUCCCAACGACGAUCCACGCAGGAAUCACUCUAUCGAUGGCAUCCUUGCGGGAAGUAGUGGCGAUGAUUCCGAUACGGAAAGCGAGCCUGGCAUCGCGCUAAAAAGGAAGCAACGCAGGAGUAGGACUACCUUUACCGGCGAACAACUGGAGCAACUGGAAGCGGCUUUUCAUCGCACGCAAUAUCCUGAUGUGUAUACUAGAGAAGAACUCGCACAAAAGACGAAGUUGACGGAAGCGCGAGUACAAGUUUGGUUUAGCAAUAGACGCGCCAGACUUCGCAAACAGCUCAAUAGUCAACAGCUGAAUGCCUUCAACGCCAUGGGAUUACAAUCCUUCCAAACUCAACACUAUGGCAGUGGCGCUGAGAGCUAUCAGAGCUAUGGACAGGCGAGUGUUACUGCUGCCGCAGCCACCACCGCCAGCUACCCUCAGCAUUACAAUUAUGGGGAUAAUUAUUAUACAACACAGCAACAAUGGCCACGAACAACUCCGGACAAUUACGGAUUGUUCAACGCUUCCCAUUACGGCAGCAGCAAUCUCGCCUCCAAUCUGACUUCCACUAAUCUCAGUCUGGGCAGUCUGGGCAGCGUCAGUCCAACCGCGUCAAACAUGAGCGCCUGCAUGGUGCAAGGUGGUGCAUCCUCCGGAGUACCGGUCUCGACGGGGAUGACGCCUCACGUGACACCGCAUAGUCCCAGCGAGGCAAAGAGCGGAUAUCCUUACUUGGGUGGCAUCGAUUCUCAGGUCGAUCCACGCGCCGAUUGGAUACUUUGGAACAAGAGGGAAAGUGAAUAUUUGGAAAAACAGCGAUCUCUGUCAGAAAUAGCCACCGCAAGGCGAAGAAAAUUGAAUUCUUUGUAUCCGGCAUUUUCUCCAAGAAAUCCACCGAAUCAUCUUAAACACUCGAGACCUCUUGAGAUCGAAGGAUCCUCUUUCGAAGAGCGCGAAUCUCCCUCGGGUGUUCGCGUAGUUACGAUAUCGCAAAGUUCCAUUCCGCGAGUCCCUCGAUGGAUUCUCCUCGAUCAUCGUCAUUUUGGUGAACCCCCGGCCGGAUUCGUAACGGACCGCCAGGACCAGCUGCCAGGUCACCGAGAAAUCAUCGUCGGCGGUGCCUCUCACGGGCUCCCGAUCGGGAGGACACGGCGAAUAAUCGGUAAAAAUAGGACGAAGUCGCGAGCGGGCGACACCGGGCCGCGUCCAAUCCGUGUUCACGCAGCAAGCGGACUGUGA